AAGUUAUACUUGUGUUUGUACGGGGUCGGCGUGAAGACGCGGGGGCGCUUUCUGGGAAAAUGGCUGUUGAAUCUCGAGUCACUCAGGAAGAAAUCAAGAAAGAACCCGAAAAGCCCGUCGAUAGGGAAAAGACUUGCCCGCUGCUGCUGCGGGUGUUCACCACGAACAACGGCAGACACCACAGAAUGGACGAGUUCGCCAGGGGAAACGUGCCCUCCAGCGAGCUGCAAAUCUAUACCUGGAUGGAUGCUACCUUGAAGGAACUGACCAGCUUGGUGAAAGAAGUCUAUCCAGAAGCUCGGAAGAAAGGCACGCAUUUUGGCUUUGCCAUCGUGUACCCUGACCCUAAAAGACAAGGCUACAGAGUUAAAGACAUUGGGAACACGGUGUCCGGGCGGAAAGGAGCAGACGAUUCCAUGACUCUGCAAUCGCAGCGGUUCCAGAUAGGAGACUACCUAGACAUUGCCAUAACGCCGCCGAACAGAGCGCCGCCCCUGCCUGGACGCAUGAGGCCCUACUGACCGCCGGGGACUGCGGCCGCUAUGUUUUAUAUCCCCUGUGUUUCCUAUUAAAGCCUUUUUUUCCUGCCUUUCCUGAUUUAAUUAAUGUCGCUGUAGCUUUUUUUUUUAUGGAAGCGUUUAAGGAAAUUUAGUUUGAAAGCUCCUUUCAUUUUUUCGUGAAUUUUAAUUUGCUUUGGAUUUGGUAAUUCAAUUAAACGAUUUCUGUGAAGGUGUUUUUUCUGAAAGAAAUCUCGUGUGGGAAGUAUGAUGUUUUUUUUAAAGGUGGGGUUGGUGUGAGCGUGCGUGACUGGGUCACAGGUGUGGAGUAACAGAUUUACAGGAAUUAAAACUUUGAGAUUAGA